AUGCAAAUUUUCGUCAAGACCUUAACCGGUAAGACCAUCACCCUCGAGGUGGAGUCUUCCGAUACCAUCGACAACGUCAAGUCCAAGAUCCAGGACAAGGAAGGAAUUCCUCCAGACCAACAACGUUUGAUUUUUGCUGGUAAGCAGUUGGAAGAUGGUAGAACCCUUUCUGACUACAACAUCCAGAAGGAAUCGACUUUGCACUUGGUGUUGAGAUUGAGAGGUGGUGGUAAGAAGAGAAAGAAGAAGGUCUACACCACCCCAAAGAAGAUCAAGCACAAGCACAGAAAGCACAAGUUGGCUGUGUUGACCUACUACAAGGUUGACAACGACGGAAAGGUCGAGAGAUUGAGAAGAGAGUGUCCAUCUAUCACCUGUGGUGCUGGUAUCUUCAUGGCUGACAUGAAGGACAGACAAUACUGUGGUAAGUGUCACACCACCUUCAAGUCCGCUUAA